AUGAUACAGAAUCUACCUGCCGAAAUCACAUUAAGCAUCGCGUGCUUAUUGGAGCAAAACGAUGCUCUCCACCUAUCGUACACAUGUCGGCAUCUCCAUCGCAUAGUCCAGCCCAGAUUGUUCUUCGCUAUUGUGGUGGACUCCUCAAAGAAAGUUUACAAUAAGGAUACUCCCACCAAGCUAGUCAAGAUACCCUCGUUUGGAGACCGUGCUUUUGCAAUCAUACCAACCGUGAUCUCAUCGUUGUACUCACUCAACACAUUUUUCAAACAGUUUUCCAAGUAUCCCUGGUUGGCUUGUCAUAUCAGAUACAUGUCUUUCAGUGAGAUAAUACCUGAUAUAUCUGACUUGUUCUUGAUCGAGAAUCUCGAAAAGCUUUUGCAAAAGUCUUCGUCUUUGAAAGUAUUUCAUUGGUACAGUCACGCGUUUGAUCUUCCUUCAACACUUGUGUCACGUCUAAAUUUGAUCCAACUCCAUGGAAACUUCACACACACCGAAUCCGAUGUCUGGAUUCCAAAUAGUGACUUGAGUACUUUGAACAUCUCAAAUUUCAACGAUCCAAAAUGGUUGGCAGGGUUGAAUCUUUCUCAAAGCACUAAACUAAAAGAGUUGGUGAUCUCGAAAACCAAAACCAAAGGUGAUGAUUUUAAAUUCCAUCGCGGACUUGCGUGCUCACCAAAUACCGCAGACUCGAGCGAUACUUACCUUUCCCAAUUAUUCUCGGAUUUUGGCACCCAAAGUGACCCUCUUCAUCUUUCAAAGCUCACCCUCAAAGGUCUUACCAUAUCAGCCGAAGAAGCAGUAAGACUUUGUGAAUGUGUUGAUCUAGAAGGUGUAACCGAGUUAUCUAUUUUGGACUGCACGGAAAUACUUCCUUCUGCAGGUGGAAGAAUGGGUCCCUAUAACCCGAUAAAGUCCUUCUUGGAUGUAAUCUCACCCCACUUGAAAAACUUACAGCUUGUGAACAUGUCCCUCAUGAAUUCCUUGAAUUACCACAACAAGACCUUUAACUUCUUGAAAAGCUUUUCAUUGAAAUCGUUGAACAUCACCAUAAAUGUGAAUAAUUAUGAGAAUCUCGAUAGUAAAAUCGAGCAGCUUUUUGAAUCCAUAAAUGGCGAACUGCUUGAAUUUCUCAACUUUGACUAUAAUAUUGUUCCAGCGGCUAUGGUGCACCCGUCACACAAGUAUUGCAACCAUUAUUCCAUGAGUUCUGUCAAGUCUAUGGUUAAUUUUUCAAAACUCAAGUAUCUCCAACUUCCCGUAGCGAGGUACAAAAUCAGCAAUUUGUUACCGUUACUCCGUUCUUUAGUUGAUUUGAAAGUGUUGAGCUUAAAUAUGUUCAAGUAUGGAGAGGACAGCAUAGUUGCUACAAAAAAUGUCCAAACGUUAAUUAGUCAAGAGUUUCUCGACUUUUAUGCCGGCAAUUCGGGGUACAAGAAUUUGGACACCAGCCAAUACGAGAAUUACAUCUAUGACUUCCAAAAUACGCCGCCCAUAUAUAUUAUCCCAUUCGCCUGCCGCAACAAUUCUUCCACCAACUCUUCCCUCUUCACCAUGAGACCCGAAGUCCAACAGCAGUUGUCGCACACCUUGUUGACAGAAUUGUUAGCAUACCAGUUCGCAUCCCCCGUCAGAUGGAUCGAAACCCAAGACGUGUUCUUGAAGGAACACAACACCGAAAGAGUGGUUGAAGUCGGACCUUCGCCAACCUUGGCCGGUAUGGCCUCCCGUACCAUCAAGGCCAAGUACGAGUCCUACGAUGCGGCUCUCUCGUUGCAACGUCAAGUCUUGUGCUACUCCAAGGACGCCAAGGAGAUCUACUACACUCCUGAUCCAGCUGAUUUGGCUCCUCCAGCCGCUCCAGCUGCUGCCGAACCCGCCACCCCAGCACCAGUGGCUACCCCAGCACCUUCUGCUGCUGCCGCUGCCGCUGUUCCUCCUGCCGCAGCUUCUGCAGCCCCAGCCCCAGCCCCAGCUGCUGGUCCAGCCGCUUCCGUCUCCGACAGCCCAGUCACCGCUGCCUUGGUGUUGCAAGUUCUCGUUGCUCAAAAAUUGAAGAAGCCUUUGGAUGGUAUCCCUAUGGGCAAGGCCAUCAAGGACUUAGUCAACGGUAAGUCCACCGUGCAAAACGAAAUUUUGGGUGACUUAGGAAAAGAAUUCGGUUCUACUCCAGAAAAGCCAGAAGAUACCCCAUUGGAAGAAUUGGCCGAACAAUUCCAGGACACCUUCAACGGUCAAUUGGGUAAGACCUCCACCUCUUUGAUUGGUAGAUUGAUGUCCUCUAAGAUGCCUGGUGGUUUCUCCAUCACCAACGCCAGAAAGUACUUGGAAACCAGAUUCGGUUUGGGCUCCGGUAGACAAGACGGUGUUUUGUUGGUUGCUUUGACCAACGAACCAGCUGCUAGAUUAGGUUCUGAAGCUGAAGCCAAGCUGUUCUUGGACACUGCUGCUAAUAAGUACGCCACUAUUGCUGGUAUCUCCUUGGCUUCCGAAUCUGCCGGUGCCGGUGCCGGUGCCGGUGGUGCUGGUGGCGCUGUUGUCGACAGUGCUGCUUUGGAUGCUUUAACUGCCGAAAACAAGAAGUUGGCCAAGCAACAGUUAGAAGUGCUUGCCAGAUACUUACAAGUUGACUUGAAUAAGGGAGCCAAGUCUUUCAUUAAGGAAAAGGAAGCUUCUGCUGUUUUACAAAAGGAAUUAGACUUGUGGGAGGCUGAACACGGUGAAUUUUACUCCAACGGUAUCAAGCCAGUUUUCUCUCCACUCAAGUCUAGAACUUACGACUCUUACUGGAACUGGGCUAGACAAGAUGUUCUUUCCAUGUACUUUGACAUUAUUUUCGGUAAGUUGACUUCCAUUGAUAGAGAAACCAUUAGUCAAUGUAUCCAGAUUAUGAACAGAUCCAACCCAACCUUGAUCAAGUUUAUGCAAUACCACAUUGACCAUACACCAGAAUACAAGGGUGAGACUUAUCAAUUGGCUAAGAGAUUAGGACAACAAUUGAUCGAUAACUGUAACCAAGUUAUGAAUGUUGACCCUGUCUACAAAGAUGUCAGCAGAAUCACUGGUCCAAAGACAACUAUUGAUGCCAAGGGUAAGAUUGUUUUCGAAGAAGCUAACAAGGACCACGUUAGAAAGUUCGAACAAUACGUUUACGAAAUGGCCCAAGGUGGUAAGUUGACUAAGAUGGAACCUCAACCAACCAUCAAGGAAGACUUGAACAGAGUUUACAAGGCUAUUACCAAGCAAGCUUCUAAGACCAACAAGGUCGAAUUCCAAAAGUUGUACGAUCAAUUGAUCAACUUCGUGGAAUCUUCUAAGGAAAUUGAAACCAAGGAGUCCACCAAGUCUGUCUUGCAAGCUCCAACUGGUACUAAUACUCCAACUGACGAAGAUGAGUUAUCUACUGCUUCUGACGAUGAGAUUGCUUCAUUGCCAGACAAGACUUCUAUCUUGCUUCCAGUUUCCUCUUCCGUUCCACCUGAGACCAUUCCAUUCUUGCAUCUUCAAAAGAAGCACAAGGAGCACUGGUCUUAUGACCGUAAGUUGUCUUCCAUCUAUUUGGAUGGUUUGGAAAGUGCAGCUAUUAACGGUUUGUCUUUCAAGGACAAGCACGUUUUGGUCACUGGUGCUGGUGUCGGUUCCAUUGGUGCUGAAAUCUUGCAAGGUUUGAUUUGUGGUGGUGCCAAGGUUGUUGUCACUACUUCCAGAUUCUCCAAGAAGGUUACUGAAUACUACCAAAACAUGUAUGCAAGAUAUGGUGCCUCUGGUUCUACUUUAACUGUUGUUCCAUUUAACCAAGGUUCGAAACAAGAUGUUGAUGCUUUGAUUCAAUACAUCUACGAUGAACCAAAGAAGGGUGGUUUAGGUUGGGAUUUGGAUGCCAUUAUUCCAUUCGCUGCUGUUCCUGAAAAUGGUAACGGUUUGGACAACCUUGAUUCUAGAUCUGAAUUCUCUCACAGAGUCAUGUUGACCAACUUGUUGAGAUUAUUGGGUGGUGUUGCUACUAAGAAGACUACUGACACCAGACCAGCCCAAGUUAUCUUGCCUUUGUCUCCUAACCACGGUACUUUCGGUUUCGAUGGUUUGUACUCCGAAUCUAAGAUUUCUUUGGAAACUUUGACCAACAGAUGGUACUCCGAAGACUGGGGCAGCAAGUUAACCAUCUGUGGUGCCAUUAUCGGUUGGACCAGAGGUACUGGUUUGAUGAGUGGUAACAACAUCAUUGCUGAAGGUAUUGAGAAGUUAGGUGUCAGAACCUUCUCUCAAAAGGAAAUGGCCUUCAACAUUUUGGGUUUGUUUACUCCUGAAAUUACUCAAUUGUGUCAAGAAGAACCAGUUAUGGCCGACUUGAACGGUGGUUUGCAAUUCAUUGAAAACUUGAAGGACUUCACCAACAAGUUGAGAACUGAUUUGCUUGAAACUUCUGAUAUUAGAAGAGCCGUUUCUAUCGAAGCUUCUAUCGAGCAAAAGGUUGUUGAAGGUGCUAAUGUUGAUGCUAACUACAACCAGGUCACCGUUCAACCAAGAUCCAACAUGAAGUUCGAAUUCCCAACUUUGAAGUCAUACAAGGAUAUCAAGGCUGUCUCUCCAGACUUAGAAGGUAUGUUAGACUUAGAGCAAGUAAUUGUCGUUACUGGUUUCGCUGAAGUCGGUCCUUGGGGUAACUCUAGAACCAGAUGGGAGAUGGAAGCUAAUGGUGAAUUUUCCUUGGAAGGUGCUAUUGAAAUGGCAUGGAUUAUGGGAUUGAUCAAGUACCACAAUGGUAACUUGAAGGGUAAGCCAUACUCCGGUUGGAUUGAUGCUAAGACCCAAGCUCCUGUCGAUGACAAGGACAUCAAGUCCAAGUAUGAAGAAGAAAUCUUAAACCACACCGGUAUUAGAUUGAUUGAACCUGAAUUGUUCCACGGUUACGAUCCAAAGAACAAGCACAUGAUCCAAGAAGUUGUUAUUCAACAAGAUAUGGAACCAUUUGAAACUUCUAAGGAGACUGCCUUGCAAUACAAGCACGAACAUGGUGAAAAGUGUGAAAUUUUCGAAAUUGAAGAAAGUGGUGAAUACACCGUUAGAUUCUUAAAGGGUGCUACCUUGUACAUUCCUAAGGCUUUGAGAUUUGACAGAUUGGUUGCCGGUCAAAUUCCUACUGGUUGGGAUGCCCGUACUUACGGUAUUUCUGAGGACACUAUUUCUCAAGUUGACCCAAUCACUUUGUAUGUCUUGGUUGCUACUGUUGAAGCUUUGUUGUCUGCUGGUGUCACUGAUCCUUAUGAGUUCUACAAGUACGUCCACGUUUCUGAAGUUGGUAACUGUUCUGGUUCCGGUAUGGGUGGUGUAACUGCCUUGAGAGGUAUGUUCAAGGACAGAUACGCUGACAGACCAGUUCAAAACGAUAUCUUGCAAGAAUCCUUUAUCAACACUAUGUCCGCUUGGGUCAAUAUGUUGCUUCUUUCUUCUUCAGGUCCUAUCAAGACUCCAGUUGGUGCUUGUGCUACUGCUGUCGAAUCCGUUGACGUCGGUAUUGAAACCAUUUUGGGUGGAAAGGCCAAGGUCUGUAUUGUUGGUGGUUAUGAUGACUUCCAAGAAGAAGGUUCUUACGAAUUCGGUAACAUGAAUGCUACUUCUAAUUCUGAAACUGAAUUUGCUCAUGGUAGAACUCCAAAGGAAAUGUCUAGACCAACCACUACCACUAGAAGCGGUUUCAUGGAAGCCCAAGGUUCCGGUAUUCAAGUUAUUAUGACUGCUGACUUGGCCGUUAAGAUGGGUGUUCCAAUUCAAGCUGUCUUAGCUAUGACCGCCACUGCCACCGAUAAGAUUGGUAGAUCUGUUCCAGCACCAGGUAAGGGUAUUUUGACCACUGCCAGAGAACAUCACGGUGACUUGAAGUACCCAACUCCAAUGUUGAACAUCAAGUACAGAUCCAGACAAUUGAAGCAAAGAUUGGCUCAAAUCAAGACUUGGGAAGAAUCUGAGAUUAACUACUUGAGUGAAGAAGCUGAAUUAGCCAAGCAAGAAUACGGUGCUGGGUUCUCCCAGAGUGAUUUCUUGCGUGAAAGAACUGAAGAAGUUCACCGUGAAGCCAAGCGUCAAGUUUCUGAAGCCAAGGUCCAAUGGGGUAACUCCUUCUGGAGAAAGGAUCCAAGAAUUGCUCCUCUUAGAGGUUCCUUGGCUACUUUCGGCUUGACUGUUGAUGACAUUGGUGUUGCUUCCUUCCACGGUACCUCCACUGUUGCCAAUGACAAGAACGAAUCUGCUACUAUCAACUCUAUGAUGAAGCACUUGGGUAGAACCGAAGGUAACCCAGUCUUUGGUGUCUUCCAAAAGUACUUGACUGGUCAUCCAAAGGGUGCCGCUGGUGCUUGGAUGUUGAACGGUGCUAUCCAAAUCUUGAACAGUGGUAUUGUUCCAGGUAACAGAAAUGCCGAUAACGUUGAUAAGUUGUUGGAAAACUACGAGUACGUCUUAUUCCCAUCCAGAACUAUCAAGACUGAUGGUAUCAAGGCUGUUUCCGUCACCUCUUUCGGUUUCGGUCAGAAGGGUGCUCAAGCUAUUGUUGUCCACCCAGACUACUUGUACGCUGCUUUGGAUCAAUCUACUUAUGAAGCAUACGCUACUAAGGUCCAUGCUAGAAACAAGAAGACCUACCGUUACAUGCACAACGCCAUCACCCGUAACACCAUGUUCGUUGCUAAGGACAAGGCUCCUUACGCUGAUGAACUUGAAGAAGGUGUCUACUUGGACCCAUUGGCCCGUAUCCCAGCUAACACCAACAUCUUCACCAAGAAGAACAUUCAAUCCAAGGAAUCUUAUGUUGGAAAGGUUGCUGAUGCUACCGCCAAGGCCUUGAGUGGAUUGAACAAGUCCUCCAAGGGUGUUGGUGUCGAUGUCGAGUUGCUUACUGCCAUUAACGUUGAAAACGAUACUUUCAUUGAAAGAAACUUCACUUCCGCUGAACGUGAGUACUGUGCUAAGUCCGCCCACCCUCAAGCUUCUUACACUGGUACUUGGUCCGCCAAGGAAGCCGUUUUCAAGGCCUUGGGUGUCAAGUCCCAAGGUGCUGGUGCCGCAUUGAUUGACAUCGAGAUUGUCCGUGACUCCAACGGUGCUCCAAAGGUCAACUUGAACGGAAGCGCUGCCAAGGCUGCUACCCAAGCUGGUGUCAAGAGUGUCAGCAUCUCUAUCUCUCACGAUGACUACCAAGCUACUGCCGUUGCAUUGAGCGAGUUCUAA